AUGGAGAAGUCAGUAAACAUCAUAUGUAUGUUGGCAGUAUUCGGGGUAGCUCUAUGGACUCAUAUGGCAGAUGCUUCAUUGCUUCAUGGCCGGCAUGUGCGCCAUGAAGACAAGUUGCAGAUCGGCAGUCCUAGCUGGUGUUUGGAUAAGCUAAGAUCAUUCAAUCUGACACACUUUGAGGUACUUCCGGGCAAUGGAUGGGAUAAUCUGGAAAACAAGGAGCGCGGACGGGUUGUACAGCAUUCCUUUUAUGAAUGUCGGACAACGGAUGAUGGUAAAUUUCUCCUUCCUGAUGGUGUCAUCACAAUUCCCGUCAAGUCGAGUAAACUAGACGUCUUCUCGGAAAUCUACUCUUCCUGGAUGGAUUAUAAGGAAACAACCUCAAAAUCUAUCAACAUUGCUGCAAAAUAUCACAUGGGAUUCUUCAGCAUCGAUGGGAUGUUUUCAGCGGAAUCACAAUCCGCCAAAGAGAAUCAAAUCGAGGAAAAAACUUCAAUUGCACGCACACAGGCGAGAUACGUGAAAUACACAGUCAAACUCCAGCCUGAUACAACCCUCCAUCCAGCAUUUAGAGCACAUGUUAUGGAAAUAGCAAAACUAAUUCAAAUGGAUGAAACAGCUGUUGCUCGUUAUGAGAGCCAGCAGUUAGUACGGGACUUUGGUACUCAUGUUUUGACUGGAAUGGAUGCAGGGGCAGUGAUAGCAAAGAUUCAACAUAUCACCCAAAACUAUGUUUCAAACAGAAAUGAAAAAAAUUUGAGACUACUUGCUUCUCUCAGUACUUCAUUUUCCUUAGGUCUAUUUGGUAAAGGAGGUGUAAGCACUGAAGGCGAAGGCUCAAGUCAUGAACAGGAGUUGCAGGAAUUCUCAAACAAUGUGGCACAUGCUACUAUUAAAACAUACGGAGGACCUUCGUAUCUACCACAAAAUUUCCAGCUUGACGACUGGGCUAAGCGGAUGGACGAAAACAUGGUUGCUGUUGAUAAAGAAGGAACUCCUCUGUAUUAUUUCAUAACUGCUUCUGCAUUCCCUGAUCUUCCAAACUACAUAAUUCCCGACCUGUUCAAUCAAAUCCGACAUGCAGUAUAUCUUUACUAUAAGUUUAACACAUACCGCGGAUGUACAGAUGUUAAUAAACAAAACUUUAAUCGGAUUGCGAAUGUUGAAGAUGGAACAUGUACACCUCCUUCCACCAACUUUACGUUUGGUGGUGUAUAUCAAACGUGUACGCAAGAUGCUGUUUUCCAGCACGACCACUGCUCGGAUUACAUUACAGAGAAUCCCCUUACAGGAAGCCAGACUUGCCCUUCCGACUUCUUCCCAGUUCUUUUAGACAAAUCUGAAGUCAUCAAAACUGAAACCACACGGGAAUGUCAUAGAGUAUGGUACAAACUUUGGAUAGGCAAAAAGUGUACAGAUGUCCCAGUCCCUGGGAGUGUGACUGUUAGUUCAUAUUGGUGUGUAGCUAACGGAGAUGUGCCUCAAUCUUCGGGUUAUAUGUUUGGGGGACUUUUCACACCACACAUCACAAAUCUCUUGACAGGAGGAAGCUCUUGCCCCCAGAAUUUCAAACACCUUCCACUCCAGGACGGUAUGACAAUUUGUGUAACACAAGACUUUGAUGCCGGAUUUCCUUUUGGAGGCUUCUUCACGUGUCGUACAGGUAAUCCGCUUGCAACAACUAUGCACUCUGAUCAGUCUCAAUGGCCGAAAUCAUGCCCAAAAGGUUUUAGCAGUCAUCUGGCGUUAGUGUCGAAUGAAUGCGAAAUAGAGUAUUGUGCACAAACAAAAAUUGUAUCUGAUAAGGGCUUGCCUUCUGUAAGGAAGCCUCCAUUUAUGGCAUAUCCAAAUUAUAGAAAUGUUGAAAAGACGGAAGUUUUUAUUGACACUCAUUCCAACACAUGGACUAAACUACCUUCGGACAUGCUUAAUACACAGGAAGCCAAUUUAGAUUUGGAGAAAGCUAAACUUGUCUUCAGAAAUAAUCCCCAGUUUGAGGAACAAAUGCAAUUAAUUGAUAUUCCAACGCCACAGCUGACAUAUGGAAACACUAGUACACACACUGUGUACUCAAACAUUUCUACUUCAUCACCAAAAGUCAAUAUCAAGGAUGUAGAAACCACAUUACGUGGAUCUGUGGCAUCCCACAGACUUCAAACUGACUCUAACGUUGUCUCUGACCAAGAAAUGAAACAUUUGUCAGAUCCAAGAGAACAUCAGCCAUUACCAUCUGGGGUUGUGGUAGCAUUGUCUGUGAUUUCCACCUUGCUGUGUGUCUGUGUGAUCAUUCUGUUGAUGAUGUACAAACAUCGAGGAGUGUACAGAAGUGAUGAAACUAGUACCUUAUUAGGUUAG